UCUUUCCUACCGGCCGAGGCAAUCAGGUUGCGCGACAACGACACCAACGAUGACGACAGGAACAGCGCAUGCUGGGCGAAGAGCGUGGAGAUUACCGACUUCAUCUUUGUGAACGGCAGCAAUACGAACAUUGGCGCCUUUAUUGUGUGGAACAUAUCUGUCGAAACCAUGAAUGGAAGCUACAUGAACAUUCGGAAACGCUACUCCGAGUUUGACGAUUUUCGACGAAAACUCACACAAUCGUUUCCCAACUUCAGAGCGGCAGUGCCGGAAUUACCACCCAAAAGCGCGUUAUUCAAAUUCCGACCCAAGUUCCUGGAAAAGCGCCGGGCUGGCCUGCAAUAUUUUCUAAACUGUAUACUAUUAAAUCCAGAGUUCUCGGGAUCACCUGUUCUCAAGGACUUUCUCUUUGCGUAAUCACGCGGCGACGUUUUUCUUCUUUUUUACCUCUUUUUAAUUCUUCCCCGAAAGGAGCCGGGCUUUUGAAAACUGCGCAUCGCUUUUAGCCGAAAGGCCUAAAAGUAGCACCCACGUGUUUUGCUGCACGACUGAGCUGGAUAAAUUGAGCUCCAUGGUUUCCUUUUUGGGUAAUAUUCCUCGCAUCUAAUUUUGAGCAUGUAUUCUGCUGUUAAAAUGCGAGCUUGAGUUUUUAUACGUCCUAGAGGGGCCGGUCUUUUAUGUCAUAUAGGUUUGCAAUAAUAUGUUUAAUGGUAGUG